AUGCGGGCAGCCCGGGCCGCGCUCACCUCCCGCCGCCGGCCCGGCCCGGCGCGCCGCCGCCUCCUGCUGCCCUGCUCGCUGGCGUGGGCGGCCGCGGCCGUCAGGGCUGGCGCUCCCGCCGCGGCGGCGGCUCCCGCUGCGGGUGCUGCUGGUGCCGUCCCGCGCCGGCGCGCAUCGCCCCCACCCGCCCGCCCGCCCGGGCCCGUGGCCGGCGGCGGCUCCCGCCCUGCGUGCCGGCUGCUCGGCGCGCCCGCAGCCCGGCCCGCUCCUCCUCUGGCGGCGGCGGAGGCCGCACAAGAGCCCUAUUGUAUUAUUGACACUGCUGGGCUCCAGGCCCCGCCUCUUCCCCUUCCCUCCCUGCCCGCGCCGGGCCUUCCUGCCAGCUGCGCCGGCAGAGCCGCCCCCCGCCCGGAGRGGAGCGGGAAGCGGCCGGGGGAAGGAAGAAGGGCCAAGUGUCUAUUGAAGGUGUGGAGCGCAUGUCCUGUGAGCAGCGGCUGA